AUGCCUUCAACAUUAUUUCCGUCUAUCUCGAAGGAGUUUCCGAGUCCCACAACCACCCCCGGAGAGGCGUUCCCGAUGAUGAAGUUACCAGUGGAGAUCCGAUUAAUGAUUUGGGAGUACGCUCUCCCAGAAGCGCGCGUGUACGAAGUCAUGGACUCGCCGAAUGCAAGCCAAAAAACGCCUGCGGCAGCCGGGCUCAUGUUCGCCAAUGUUCGAGAUGAACCGCCACCAGCGCUUGGCGCGGUAUGCCAUGAGACGAGGGUAUUUGUACUACAACGCUACAGACCUCUCGCUCUCUCGGCAACGACGAAAUACGUCGACCUAUCGCGCGAUAUCCUUUUGCUCGAGCCGUACUUGCUGGUCAAGCGGUUACUCCGGACAUUGCAGUUCUUCAGCCAGAUCCCUCUUGUGCGAGACAACCUCAGUCGGCUUGCGUUUGGAACGUCAUACGGACUUUACACUGGCAUCUGCCACCCGGUGCUCAGUUGGAAAGUCUCCAAGUCCAAUAUAACGACGCUGCUUGCCCGUCUGGCAAAGUUCCCCAGAUUAAGGAAGCUCGUAUUUGUCGUCCACCAGGAGUUCCAGUUCGACUUUGACAUUCGACCUCCGUAUGCCACAUCUCAUAUGAACUACCCAGAUCCGCAACGCCCACAACUGGUGCACCAAGGAUACCGCUUCAAGUUCGAUAUUGAGUCACAGCUCAACUAUACACAGCCGCGACACCCGCACUCUAAUCAAUUUCUCUAUUACCCGCUGGACGUCGACGACGACAAGGACGACUGUUUCGACAAGGAUGACUUGGAAAACGAAGGCGACCUGUUUGAGUCGUGGCCCACGAAUGACGACUGGCGGCGAUUCAGGCGGAGGUUCCAAAGAUCUAUCCAUCUUGUCGGAAAGGGCUCGCCGGGAUGCCAGCGGCCAAAAGUCAUGCCCAAGCUUGAGGGCGCGAGUCUAUUGUGGAAGUACAGCAAGGCACAGCAUUAUUGA